AUCCCCUUCCAACUAUGGGAGCUGGAUCCCUACUCCUGAGAAACUGGAGCGUUGGUGGAAGUUCCAUGACAUCAGGGCAGCUCAGCCAGUGGGGGAGAGGGUGGGGCUGGCAGGCUUCAGUCAAUGAUGCCACCUGUGCAAACCUAGACAGGCUACAAACAGCAGCGUCGUCCAGUCUGGGAGGCUGACCAGUUCCUCCAUCAGAGAAGCCUUGGAGGCUGUGUGUCCGGCCAGUCUGCAGAAAUGGGGGGUCCUGCUUGGGGCAUCCUCGGGGCCUCCCUUCUACUCCUCGGAGCCCUUUGGGGACUCGCAUGGGGCGGGCAGCAGAUGAGCAAGCUCGCGGACAAGAAGCUGUGUGCCGACGCCGAAUGCGACCAUCCCAUCUCCAUCGCGGUUGCUCUCCACGACUACAUCGCCCCCGACUGCCGCUUCAUCCACAUCCAGAGAGGCCAAGUGGUCUACGUCUUCUCCAAGCUGAAGGGCCGCGGGCGACUCUUCUGGGGAGGCAGCGUGCAAGGAGACUAUUAUGGGGAGCAGCCGGCCCGCCUGGGAUACUUCCCCAGCUCCGUUGUCCAGGAGAACCAGUACCUGAAGCCAGGCAAGGUGGAAGUGAAGACUGACAAAUGGGACUUCUACUGCCAGUGACUCAAGCAGACCGGAUUCGGGUGACGCCCCAGAUCUCGUUCCCGGAGACCGCGCCAGCCUUGCAGGGUAGGCCGCCCGGGAGUCUCACGCCUGCUCUGCCUAGUUCUCUCUACAGUAGAUGCUGCUGCUCUUCCUACGUGGGCCUUGCAGCUGGGGAGGGGGGGGGCUGCAUCCUGCAACUGCCCCAGGUGUAGAUAAAAGAUGGGAGCUUCAAUUGACACAACUGACCCCUUCCUCCCUU